GCUGAAGAAAAGAUAUUGGAGAAAAAAUGUAAAGCCAACAUAAAGGACUCAAAGGUUGAAGAAAGGGUUAAUUCUGAUAAUCAGAGUGAAAAAAGACAACGGAUAACUAGGAGUAUGAGUAAACAAAAAGCAGAAUCGUUUACAGAUUUAAUAACAGAUAAUGAGCAGACACCUUCAGUAGCUCCAAGUACCGUCGAAACAGAAGUGAUUGUUGAAUCAAAUAAAAAGUUACUCCAAGACUUGCUCGGUGUUAAAUGUUCAGAAAAUAUACAAUUAAUUUGCCAAUAUCACGAUAAGACAUAUUCAGACGAAAUAUUACUUGAUUUAAGUCCUAACUCAAGAUUUAGCAAAGAGCUUCCCUUAGAUAUUUUGUCACCAUAUCUAAAGGAGCUCGAUGAUAAAAUCGAGAACUUGAUUCCAUCACACGUACAUGAAUUCUUGACCCAGUUUUUUAAACAAAAUUUGAUAGGUAAAGAUUGGCACACAAAGAUUGAAGAUCUGCAAUGUCAAGAUCAUGAUGAUGUGUUGAUGGUAUCAGUCAUACGAAUUUUGCGUAGAACCUUACCAUUAUUCAAGGAAUCCUCUUUUGAAUUUGGUGACGCUGGAAAAACCGCACUUAAACAAUUUUAUACUGCAGAUAAAUACCAAUUGGUAUAUGUAGAAGGUUCAAGAUUGCAUGCAGAUGAUGACAAAGAGAUUGCUGAUGCAUCAAAAAUCGCGAACAAUCUACAGAAAAUUUAUAUCAAUGUUGUAAAAGACAAUAUAAAGUGUAGGCGACGAUUUCCUAAACUUUACAUUUUUGGUAGACAAAGUUUUCGCCUUAGGAUUUACUUACAAUUUUUGGAUUAUUGCGUGGGUGGAUUUGAAGAAUCAAGGACACAAAAGAGACCUUCAAGGCUCUCAUAUAUUAAUAGUUUAAAAGUAGUGGAUGCUAUGUAG